AUGUCAAAGACCGACAUGGACGUUGGCACCGGCUUGGUCGGAGCCCCGGCCUGCGGUGAUGUGAUGAAACUACAGAUCAGAGUCGACAAGAGCAACAACACCAUCAGCGACGUCAAAUUCAAGACCUUUGGCUGUGGAAGUGCCAUCGCCAGCUCGAGUUAUCUGACCGAGCUUGUACGGGGCAUGACGCUUGAGGAAGCCGCUAAGAUCAGAAAUACCGAGAUCGCAAAGGAGCUUUGUCUUCCUCCAGUCAAGCUGCACUGCUCCAUGCUCGCGGAGGAUGCUAUCAAGUCGGCCAUCAACAACUACUACUCGAAGAACCCAACGGCCACCGACCUCUCUGGCACCGGGGCUUCCAUCGCUGAAGUGGCCGCUCAACCCGCCGCUCAGCCUGCUACCACUACGACUCCCGCCUCAAAUUAA